UUACUAAAUAACGUAAUCAGACACCGAGCUGCCACGGACACUGAGCUGCCACGUCAUCCACCACUACCCCCUAAUCAAAUUCAAUGUGAUUUGUUUUUAAUGCACCAUGCCAUGGCUGAUAUAUCAAAGGAAGGGCAUAUGCAAUUAGCAAUUGAGGCCUAUAAGAAAGAUCUAUUCUCAUCAAAAAAGGCAGCUGCAGAUGUGUUUGAUGUGCCUCAAAGGACCCUUAAGAUAUGCCUUAAUGGGACUACUUCUCAUAAAGAUUCAAUAGCAAAUUGUCAAAAAUUGACAGAUACUAAAGAAAUUAUACUUUUAAAAUAG